UUUCUUUCUAUCAUUGUGUUGUUACACUAUCGGUCCAAUAACAUAUUUGUAAUAAAUAUCUACGCAACACCUUCAUUUCUUAUUGCAUAUUCUUGUAGCUUACCUCAAGAGCUUACUAAACACGCUAUAAUAAAAUAUUUUUCCAUUUAAUACUUUUUGAAUUAUAAGACUUGAAAGUUUCAGUAUUGCCAGCAUCAGCACUACCAAAGACAUACCAUUUGGAGGUUACUUAUAAUUAGUCGGAUAUAAUCUCGUAUGUGCGUAUAUGUAUACGUGCGUACGUAUGUGUAUAGGGAAGGGAAAGGAGAAACAAAGUUACAUUUACUGUGUAUGUAAUGCUGAUGCUGGCGGUACUGUAAUUUUCAAGCUUAUAACUCGAAGCCUUAUAACUCGAAAAGUACUUAAUGGAAAAAUAUUUUAUUAUAACGUUUUGGAAAACUAUAAGCUAUAAGAAUAUGCAAUAAAAAAUGAAGAGUUUUAUUUAAAAAAGUUGAUGUAAUUUUGAUCUGACCUUUGUGACGCCACCCACGGUCAAACUAAUGAAAUUAAUAAAUAGAUCUUUUGGAACCCUACAACUUUUGUCUGAACACAUUUUUGACUGGACCAUAUACUGCAAAGAUAAAAAAAGUGUACGAGAUACACUGUAUAAUACUUUUCAAAUAAAAAUGUUUAUAUUAGACGAUUUAGGUAAUCUAAAAUUCUAAGACAUCACAUUUCAUAGAAACAAUGGAUGCUGUUGCGUUCUCUUUCUUAUGAGUUUGAAGUAAUAAAAUGAUGUUGAAAUGCUCAUUUAUUGAUUCUUAUUUAAACGUAAAAAAGAAAUAAUUUAUAUUAUAUAUACAUCAUAAUCAAAUCAAAAUAUUACAGGCAAUUAAAAAUAAUUAUAAUAAAUUGUAAAACUUACAAAAUAAAAAACAAGAUACAUUAUUGUAUUGGGUCGUAAAUAUUAUGACAAAAAUAUGAAAACAUUUUAUUAAGACGUGCGAUAUCUUAUGACAAAUUGCGGAGUUUGUCAAGUAUGCAUGAUACGUAAGUUUUUAUUACAUGGAUGAUUCAGAAUUACAACUGUAAUGAUGAACUUUCACACACUUUUUGCAAUAAUUAGAGAGAAUUGAGGUUAGAAUAGCAAUUGAAGAAGGCUUAUAAAGUUGAAACUAAUUGCGCUCAGGAAGAUUUACUUUGAUUAUGUUUGAAUGAAUUUAUAUGUUUUGAUCAACAAUUGUUUUAACAUUCGUAUUUUGCCUUUUUUAUGUCGCUUGAAAUUUUUAUGUUUCUAUUGAAGUAAUUAUGCAACGUCUCGUCCGGAUGGAUAAUUGUAGUAGCGUCCCGCUGCGUUAUCUUCAACAGAUUUUUAAAGAACAAACUUUUUGUUCUGAGGUGCGGUUCCUGUGCACCUCCGUGCGCUCUUGCGCCUCUUCAUUGUUUUCUGUUGCGUGUCUUUGACAGGCAGAAGUUAAGAAUUGCUUGCAGUUUUGGAUCGUCGGAACCUGCAAGGAUGGGAAAAUCGAGUCGCAAGAAGAAAAAGAGGAGGAGAAAUUCUUCUCGCGAUCGUCUCACAGUCCUGGAGAAUAAAGUAGAACGCGUGCUUGACCUAUUGUCUCAAAGAGAGGUUAGAUCGCCCGGCCGCCCUCGAUCUUCGACAUCGAUUCUAACCACUGAGAUUCAGGAUAAUCUAGGGUCAUGCAGCGACUCGGAAUCUAUAAGAUCCGUCUCGGCCGAUGCUUCCUAGGCUUCCUCGGAAGGCCAAGUAUUACCGGCGGACCAGAUGAAUUCAGGAGUAAGUAACUUAUCUGUCAGAUCCUCAUCCCCUACACCACACAAACGAGUUAGGUUAGAGGAAGGACCGUCCACUAACGUGGAAAAGGAAGCAGCAGAGCCUCUAACUAAAGAGUUAUUUGGAUCUGAUCUCGUUUAAGAGGAGUUAGCGCCAUGGAAUGAGCUAGUGACUCAUCGUUGGCGCGACCUGGCGCGCAAGGGCCUCCCGGCAGAGCAGCGCGAUCCUCUACUAAAGAAAUAUGCCCCUGGCGAAGCAGUGGCUUUUCUUAAAGCCCCCAUGCUAAAUCAAGAGUGCAAGGUGGUUCUUAAGAAUAACUCGAUAGUGAAGAGAGAUAAUUACAACAACAUGAAUCAAAAUCAGGUGGGCGCGGCCUUAUGUGCAUUGGGCGAAGCGAUCUCUAACUUCCUCAGACCAGAUACGCAAAGAUCCUUGUGUCCUAAGGCCCGGUUGGCGGUGGCUAAAGUCAACGAGAGAGCCCAAAUCUUGGCAGAUUUACAUUACAGGUUAUCCCUCGCUAGGAGAGCUCAGAUUGCACCCACUCUGAAUCUAACAGCCAAGGCUACAAUUGACACCAUUCCCGUGGACGAUUUCCUGUUUGGUGCCUCCUUUGGAGAGGAAAUUAGAAAGGUUGCCUCCGUGGAAAAGUCUUCGAGGGACAUUAUUAAGGCGCCGCUAACAGUCUCAAAACGAGUGCAACAACCGCUAAAACAGCCAGCGCAAGUAGCCUCAGCGAGACCGGGAAACUCCCGGGCCCCUGUCAGAAGCUCGAGAUCGGCUUGGAGGAGAACAGGGGUAACAAGCGAUCGCCGCCGAUCAACAUACCGCUCCAGGUCCCAUUUGAGGAGGCGUUAAACUGUGUGGAGGUAAAUAGAGCGGGCAGGUUGUCAGCCUACCUUCCCCGGUGGAAGGAAAUCACCUCAGACCAGUUAAUUUUACAAGCCGUCGCGGGGUACAGACUCCCAUUUGCACAACAGCCACUUCCCUCAGGGAGAAAACCUUCUGUUCAUCUCUCUAAAUUAGAAAAACAGAUCUGCUCUCAAGAAGUUGCUAGUCAUCUUGAUAAGGGGGCGAUCGAGAUGGUAGAGCCGUGCGAAGGUGAAUACCUAUCGCCAUUCUUUGUCAUUAGAAAAUCCUCGGGAAGAUGGAGAUUUAUUCUCAAUCUAAAGAAUCUCAACCGAUACGUUAUAGCUCCGCACUUUAAAUUAGAAAAUUGGAAAACAGUUAUUCGCCUUUUAUCCCAGGGUGAUUUCCUUGCCUCUAUUGAUCUAGAGGACGUCUAUUUCCUCGUUCCUAUUCACCAGGAAGAUAGGAGAUUUUUACGUUUCCAGUUCCAGGGACAACGCUAUCAAUUUAGAGUUCUACCCUUUGGCCUAGCCUCAGCGCCUUAUAUAUUUACCAAAAUAUUAAAACCGGUGCUACAUAUUCUUAGAGAGAAAGGGUUUUCUCUCCGUGGUUUAUCUAGAUGAUUUCCUGCUCAUCGCACCUUCUUACCACCAGUGUAUCCAGAACGUCUCUACAACAAUGGAUCUCUUAACAUCAUUAGGCUUUAUAAUUAAUAAAAAGAAGAGUGUUCUCACACCAGCGAAAAUCUGCAGAUUUCUAGGCCUUAAUUUCGAUACGAAUCUAUUCGCAAUAGCAAUCCCCUCGGACAAAAGAGCUAGUCUUCUUCGAAGGACCCUAGAUAUGCUAAGCAGAACUCAAGCAAGCUUUAUAGGUUCCCUGGUAGCAGUCUGUCCAGCUGUCCAAUACGGCAUUCUACAUACUAAAUCUUUAGAGAGAGAGAAGUUCUUAGCUUUGACAGCGUCAGAGGGUAAUUUUGAGGCCCAGAUGUCCCUUCCGACCUUUCUUAGGAAGGAUCUAUCAUAGUGGAAUGAUAUCUUCGCGGAUACAUCGCAGCGAAAUCAUAUUAGGUCGGAUAUUUUCGAGCUGGAAAUCUUCUCAGAUGCUUCCCUGACGGGAUGGGAAGCUGCUUGCAAGGGGGAACGCACUUAUGGUUUUUGGUCACCGGAGCAAAAGAAACUGCAUAUCAAUCAUUUGGAACUCCUAGCGGUUUUCCACGCGUUAAGAUGCUUCGCAUCACACUUACUUGGUGCCAGUGUGCUUUUAAAAGUGGACAACUCCACGGCCUUGGCAUACAUUAAUCGCAUGGGUUCGAUUAAGUUCCCUAUACUAUCAAACCUUACACGAGAAAUAUGGGAUUGGUGUGCGGAACGAGAUUUGUUUAUUUAUGCUUCAUGCAUUCCCUCGGCACAAAACGUGGAGGCAGACGCUGAAUCGAGAGUGGUAGCGCAAGAAACAGAAUGGACUAUAGCACAGAAAUACUUUGACAUAAUCUUGGAGCACUUUGGACCCUUCGAUAUUGACCUGUUUGCUAAUUAAUUGCAAAUGCCAUCGAUUUGUGUCUUGGCUUCCAGACCCUUUAGCUGAGGCAGUGGAUGCCUUUUCUCUAAAAUGGUCGGACGUAUUCUUUUAUGCAUUCCCACCUUUCAUUCUAAUAUUAAGAAUGUUACGCAAGAUUAUCACGGAUAAAGCCGAGGGAGUGGUUGUUGUGCCGUGGUGGCCUGCCCAGUCAUGGUUCCCAUUACUUAAUCAACUCAUGGUCGGUCAUCCGAUCCUGUUCAAACCAGAUCCCGAGAUGUUAUCUUCUCCUUUCAGGAUAGUUCAUCCAGCCUGGACAAGGAUUUCCCUGGCAGUCACCAAAUUAUCCGGCAAGCCUUCUUGCACAAAGGGAUCCCGCCAUCCGCAUUAACAGCAACUUUAGCAUCAAUCUCUAGUUCUACACUAGCUCAAUAUACAAAACCUAUUAGAUUAUGGUGGCAUUUCUGCAAACAGAAGGGAAGCUGUUGCUUCAAUCCUUCAGUUUCAUUCUUUCUAAAGUUCUUGUCGAAUUCCUUCGAGGAGGUGGGUUCGUACGCCACCUUGAACUCAUAUCGCUCAGCGAUAUCUCUUAUCUCAAUGAAUGAUUUGGGCUCACAUCCCUUGGUAAAGAGAUAUUUCAGGGGUGUAUCAGCCUUAAAACCUCAACGUCCCCGUUAUGAUUAUAUUUGGGACCCAUCCCCAGUAAUUGAUUAUUUAGCCACGUUAUAUCCGCAUGAAGAUUUGACGCUAGAAAGACUAUCAGGGAAGUUGGCAACGCUUCUUGCCCUCACAACUGCCCAGAGAAUGCAGACCCUGGCAGCCAUUCAACUCCAAAAUAUCUCUAUUUCGGAUUCUCUUAUAAUAAAAAUUCCAGCCAGACUUAAAACCUCAAGGAUUAGGAAAUCUCAGCCGUUACUUUCGUUUAAGCCCUUUUGGGAUAAACCAGAACUUUGUGUAGUAUCCCUAGUUAAAUUUUAUCUCAGAUACACAGAGAAUCUCCGUCAGGGAAACGAGGGCUCACUCUUUAUUUCCUUUCGUGCCCCAUACAAUGCGGUUUCUUCUCAAACGCUAGGCAGAUGAGUAAAAUUGGAACUGGGUGCAGCGGGAAUAAAUAUAGAUAUUUUUUCGGCCCACUCCACCCGCCAUGCCUCGAGAUCUCUUGCGGCUAGCAAGGGUAUUAGUUUGGAAGAAAUUAGACGCACGUUCGGUUGGAGCAAUUCAUCUGACAUAUUUGCACGCUUUUAUAACCGUCCUAUAGUUGAGGACCCCUCUUUUCAGUCAGCGAUUCUGAAUAGAUUUUAAGUUUUAAAAUAUGAUGCUUUAUAUUAAAUUAAGUAACCCUUCUCCUACGGGACAGAUAAAAUGAUGUUUAAUUUAGUUCGCCUUAUUUCGUUGAAACCCGGCUUAAGUUUAGUUUAUAUCAAUAUCGUUAUAUGUAAUACAGUUACCUAUGUGCAACUAUAUAUGUAACGCUGGUACUUUCUCGGUGUCGGUUACGGGAUU